UUUUUUUUUCUUUUUCUUUUUCUUUUUGUUAACGUGGGUGUCUAAAAGUGGACGGUCUCUCUCUUUGUAUUAUCAAUGGAAGAGGCGAAGAGCAACGCAAGUGACACCGUACCUAAAGACCCACCACCACCUCCUCAGACUCACUCCAGCAAGAGGAAGCUAAGCCAUGUGGACCUCACUAACUCCUCUUACUUCAAGAUACGAGCUGCUGUUCAACAACUUCGCCCCAAAGUCUUUCUGGUUCUCCAGACACCUGAUUUUCGGGAUUGCAAAGCAGCUCAUGAACUUCGAUCACAAUCGAAGCUCAUGAUGGAUUUAUACAACCAGAUGACCACAGCGGCGGGGCUUGGGAAGAAUGUGGGAGGGAGACAAUUACCAGAUAGACACCGGGAUGGGGGAAUACAACAGCCCUCGCAUACAUCUGCAGAAACAAUCACCUCGCAGAUGAAGUUAGAUGAUGGCCUGAAGAUCCGAGGAAGCUAUGUUGUCGGUGGGUCAGUUUAUGGUUGGAAAUUCAUUACAUGGGCAGGUAGUAGACCAAAUUAUUACGGGGUGACAAAGGAAUCGCACAGAAAUACCCUCAAGAAGCCAGCAGCUGGUGGUUCCCAUUGCAACUAGGGCACAUAAGUAACAGUACAAUAGAAAAUUUUGAUGAGAGAAGCCACCAUUAAUGAUGCUAGUACAGCAUAUACACAGAGCAGACCAGUUUGUUUUGCUAAUUGAGAUGGGUAGAAACCGGUCUUUACCGUUUAUAUUUUGAAGACAUUGUUACCGAGACUUCCCGAGUUUCAUGCUCUUGCAGAAAUAGGGGAGAGAUAGAUUCUUUAACAAUUUUAUAUUUAGGCUUCUUUUGCGAAUCACUGUAAAGCCUGGCUUUGUUUUAAUGCCAAGAGAUGCAUCUCAGUUUUCCGUUA